AUGUAUCUCCCAGAUCCGACAGAAAACCUGUUGAAGGAAACCAAAGGAACAUCAUGGGCUCCUAUCAACACAGGCGUACAGAAAGGCAGCGGUCAGAUCCAGCUGUGGCAGUUCCUCCUGGAGCUCCUCUCAGACAGCUCCAACAUGUCCUGCAUUGCGUGGGAAGGAACCAACGGGGAGUUCAAGCUCAUAGACCCGGACGAGGUGGCCCGGCGGUGGGGGGAGCGCAAGAGCAAACCCAACAUGAACUAUGACAAGCUGAGCCGCGCAUUACGCUACUACUACGACAAAAACAUCAUGACCAAAGUGCACGGCAAACGCUACGCCUAUAAAUUUGACUUCCACGGCCUGGCGCAGGUCUGCCAGCCGUCCAGCACCGAGCAGGCACUGUAUAAGUUCCAAGGUAAUUUCUCUCCAUUGCCGUUCUCUGGGAUCUCCAAGCUGAACCUUGUGGGACCCGUGGGGAGCAUGGGGCCGUCUGGGUUCUCGUACUGGACCGGGUCGCCCUCCUUGUACCACAGCCACAACCUGCAGCCUCCCUUCGGCACCGUGUCGCCCUCUCAUAUCGGCUGCGUGAACAACCUGAGCGGCUUGGGCAACAUCAACACGCACUACAACUGA